AAUUUUAGGAACUGGUGAUACUGUUACUGUUACACUCUUAUUGACUGUGACUGACUCUGUAACCGCUACAAAACAUCUUUAGGUUGCUCUGCUUUAUCACAUCCGCUAUAUUUGGCGCCACCAAAACCGUCCCCCUUAACCCCUUAACCAUCAUCAUCGCCUCGACCAAAGCCCAGAUUUCCUCUUCUCUAGGAUUCACUUCACUCUUCACACCCUCCUUCCAUGGCGGUCUUCUACAUUUCUGAUUCUCUUUCUAGAUUUUCCAUUUUUAUGUAGUGGUGCGAAGGGGGCGGAAGGGGGAGAGAGGAGAAAGGGUAGAAGAAAGAAAAAGUAUGGACUCUGACUGUACAUUUUCCCUUUCUAGUCUUCUCUGUGGAGAAAACGAAGCUUGCUUCGAUGAGGAGGUAGAUGAAUAUUUCUGUCUUUCAAACAAUUACAUGUUGUCAGAAAACGAAGAAGAAUAUAUGGAAAUGUUAGUUGAAAGAGAAGGCAGCUUUGGAGGUAAAAUCUAUGGAUCGUCUGUCCAUUGUUCGAUAGAGCUCGAGAGCUGGUUGAAAUGCGCUCGUUUGGAUGCAGUUCGAUGGAUUCUCAAAACUCGAGCCUUACUGGGUUUUCGCUUCCAAACAGCUUAUCUAUCUAUCACUUACUUCGAUCGUUUUCUUUCAAAACGAGCCAUUGAUAGUGGGAAACCUUGGGCGAUUCGAUUACUAUCCGUGGCGUGUUUGACAUUAGCUUCAAAGAUGGAAGAAUGCAGAGUUCCUGCGUUGUCCGAGUUUCGAGUGGAUGAUUAUAAUUUUGAAACUAAUGUCAUUCAGAGAAUGGAGCUUCUGGUUUUGAAUACGUUAGAGUGGAGAAUGGGUUCGAUUACACCUUUUACUUAUCUCCAGUACUUCAUCACCAAAUUCUGUGAUGAGUCUCGGCGGAAAGAGUUAGUUUCUAAAGCCAUAGAACUCAUCUUGGCUAUUGCAAAAGAGAUGAGCCUAAUGGAUCAUCGGCCAUCUGUUAUAGCUGCUGCGGCAGUCUUGGCGGCAACGGAUCAGAGAUUGACUAGAACAACUGUGGAAUUUAAGAUGAGUGUGAUCUCUUCCUGUGGUUCCCUUCAAAAUGAGCAUGUGUUUUCCUGCUACAGUCUGAUGCAGGAAUUAGAGUUGGGGAAACUUAAUAUACCCAAGUUCAUAAUUUCCCCAGAUAUCUCUCCAAUCUAUUCAAGCUCUGCUAAAGUUACUGAGAAUUCUUCCUUCACCUCUGUUGAUGGAGCUAAGAGGAGAAAGCUUAUUACAUUCGAUGACUGUAGCCAGAGCUGUGGUGGCAUGUCCAAUGAGAAGCAAAUUCAUUAAUGAAAAUACAGAUAUUAGGUGCCUUUAUGGAGGAUUGGUUUUGUGUUUUUCAUGAAUAUGAUUUGGACUUGAUUGAGGAUUUCCAACACUCAACAAAAGUCUAAUCCAGUGAAAACAGGGGAAGAGAAAAGAGUACACUGAGAUAAAUUUGAAAAAAGGAAGGAAAAACUUAAGCCUACUGUGGAAAGCUGAUCAAAGUCUAAAAGCCCUAGGAAGAGGAGGAGGGUGAGUGAAGCCCAAGAGAGGUCCAGAAGGCCAUGGAAAAGUGCUUGUUAAUAGUCACCCCUGAAUAGUGUUCUCAUUCAUGAAUUCUUGGUACUUACUCAAUUUGUUGUAUUUUUUUUUUUUUGGUUCUUUAUUUCUAACAAGGAAUAUUUAUGCAUCUCUUGUAACCCUA